AUCGUGCGUGCACGAAGCAGUACCUCGAGUGAAGGAGGGGACAAUUUUGUCGGGAAGGGAGAUGGAGGAGUGAGAGAAAGAGAGAGAAAGAGAGAGAAGGGGGGAUUGGUGCGAUUGACAGUUGGUAGUUAGUGUCGCUUCCUCGAUACGCGACGGCGGUGUGCGGCCGUGUUGUGUUCUCUGGAGAGUACCGUCGCUCCGCGCUGGCACGAGUUCCCCGCGGUAUCGAAGGGAGAAGAGGGGGGGAAGGGGAAAUCGCUCACGUGUUCGAGAAGGGAACGCGUCUACGCGUCUACGACGAGGCCCGGCGGCCUUAGCUCUUUACCUUUAACGCGCGCUCGCGAAUGGGAGGGAUCGUUGGAGAGAUCGAGGGUAAUCGCUUGAGAAAUCAAAACGCUGAAGGAAGAGGAAAGACGCGGGAGCGUCAGGAAGAUCCUUGCAGCGCGUGACGCCGCGUUUGUUUACACGUCGCGUCGCGUCGCGGUUGGGUGCUAACAGAACGCGCGGGAAUUCAAUAGAUAAUGAACGGAAGAAUAUUUGCCUGAAGAGAUAACUGUAAAAGGAAUUCUCUUCGGCUAAACACGAAAAGAUUGUGGAGAAGGAUCAUAAUCAUAAAAAAAUUAUCUUAAGAAGAGCGAGAGAGAGAGAGAGGAAGACUAAGAGGGAGGCGGAAACGGCAGGGAUGAGAGGAGAGGCUGUCGAGGAAACGGAAGUAGCGAGAAGAGCGAAGACUCAUCCUGCGCCUCGUGCUCUCUCUAUUCCUCCCCCUCCUGUACCGGCGCAGCGCUUUUAUUACCCGCUCGCUAAAUGAUUCACGCGGACGCGUGAGUCCGGCGAUCUCGCAGGAGGAACUGGAACACGUCGAGGACUCGUCGGGAACUCGUCCAGCGUGGUUCGGUGACCGAUCUCGCGCGGAGAGUCGAGGGAAGGAAGGAUCCCCGGCGGGGAUAGAGGGAUUACGGAGAGAAAGAGAGACUGUAAAAGAAGGGCACGGAAGGAGGGAGAGAAAGAGAGAGAGAGUGAGAGACAGAGGGAGAAAGAGAGACAAAAAGAGAGAGAGAGAGAGAGAGAGGUGGGGAAGGAGCAAUAGAAAAGGAAGGCGAAGCGGCAGGGCACCGGAGAGAAGGCGAGACGAAAGGAGGAGAAAAGAGGAGGGAGGUAGAGAGGCACGCCGCGUGGACAACCGUGCACGCUCGUGUCUCUCUCUCGUUUCGUUUUGCUGCUUUCGUUCGCGCGAGAGCGCGGUGGAUGAGCUACGCUCGUUAGUGCCGGUUGAUGGUACGUCCUCGUGGUCCUGAACUGUCCUGAACCGCCGUUAAAAUUCAUAAUCCGCCGAGAGAAGAGGUAGCCUCGCGCACUCUUGAGGAUCGCACGUGGUGUUGGUAGUAUCAGUGGAGGUGGAGGUGGUGGCCGGCGCGCGGCAACUACGGCGGCGGUCGAGGUGAUCCUCAUCUUUGGGAAGCCUCUUCGUCGAAGAGGACGUCGUCCUCGUGGCUCGAUAGCAACACCCCGACGCAAUCAUGUAUAAGCUACUGGGAGGAUUGAGCAAGUACCUGAAGCGGCAGGAGAUCGUCACGGACUCUGUGCUGUUUCGUUUGCAUAACCACUUCACCACGGUACUGCUGUUCACGUGCUCGUUGCUCGUCACGGCCACCCAAUACGUCGGUAACCCGAUCUCAUGCAUCGUCCAGGGUCUGCCUACUAAUCCCAUCAAUACUUACUGCUGGAUAACAUCCACGUUCACCAUGCCAGACGCGUUCAAUCGACAGGUCGGCUCGGAGGUGGCCCAUCCAGGAGUGUCCAACGACUUCGGAGAUGUCGAGGCAAGGAAAUACUACACGUACUAUCAGUGGGUCUGCUUCGUGCUGUUCUUCCAGGCCGUUCUGUGUUAUAUACCGCAAUGGCUGUGGGGCUUCUGGGAAGGCGGCCUGAUGCAAGCACUGGUCAUGGGAAUGAAUUGUGGUAUGGAUAACAAAGACAACAUAACGAAGAAGAAAAGUAUUCUCAUGGAUUACUUGAUGAUGCACAUAAGGAAUCACAACACGUACGUGUAUCGGUACUUCGCCUGCGAGGUUCUGUGCCUCGUCAAUAUAAUCGGUCAACUCUAUCUGAUGAACCGAUUCUUUGAUGGCGAAUUCCUCAGCUAUGGUCUGCGAGUACUGCAGUUCUCGGAUACACCGCAAGAGGAACGAAUUGACCCCAUGGUGUAUGUGUUUCCUCGCGUUACCAAGUGUAUAUUCCACAAAUACGGAGCUUCGGGUACAAUACAACAGCACGAUUCUCUCUGCAUUUUGCCGUUAAAUAUCGUCAACGAAAAGACAUACAUCUUCAUCUGGUUCUGGUUCUUCAUACUAGGCAUCAUGUUAGUCGCUCUGAUAAUAUAUCGAGCUCUGAUCAUUUUCGCUCCAAUGAUACGACCGAGAGUACUACAUCUAUCGUCGAGACUAUUGCCCAUCGAAACUUGCCAAAGCGUCAGCAGAAAAGUCGACUUAGGCGACUGGUGGAUACUUUACAUUCUUUCGACCAACAUGGACUCGCUCCUCUACAGGGAUUUCCUUAUGGAAUUUACAAAGAAGAUGGGUAAUACUAGCUCGAAGUCCGUGACCGCGUAAGCGCGAGAUCUUGGACGCGCACCUUGCGCUGUAUGAUAAUUUAAUUAUUUAGUUCAAAUACACCGAUACACGGACUGACUCGCACCUCGCGGCGCGUUCCUGCAAAUAUGUUUACACUAGGAUUUGUAAUACAUAGUUAUAUUUUCGUAUAUCUACGUAUUGUAGCAGUAGCUUCAAGAGCAAGCAAUUGAGAUUUAAAUUGGAUUUUAAUUAUUUUUGUAGACAAUGAUUCAGGAUCGUCAUUAAUUUUUAAACAAAUAAGUAGUUGAAGCAAAACCCAUAACGAAACAAAGUAACAAUAACAUGAUCGAUCGCGUCGUUAUGUUACUUUGCUUUGUUACAUGUUUUGCUUUAACCACUUAUUUAUUUAAAAGUUAGAAGAAUAUUUUGAAUCGUAGUGUAAAUAAUUAGUCUUUCCCAAGCGUUCAAUUCUAGACAUAUAUGUAUAUCUCAUUUUUAUCGUUUUUUUUUUAUAUUGCAUGUAUAUCCCGCGUAAUUCUAUAUACAAGUUGCUUGGGAAUGAUUAAUGCAAUAAUCUUAUACUCAGUCUCAUGAAAGAGAUUUUUAAUAAAAUAAUUUUAUAUGUAGGAUGUUAAAAACUAGGUAUAAGGAAAUAAUAGACCAAUCGA